AUGGGGUUUCGAUCAGUAAUGCUUUUGUUGCUCGGGCUUUAUGAGACGGCGCUCCGUCUUAAACACAUAUUGACAGUACCAACCAUGCCCGCAUCCUUCGAUCUCCACGGCAAAGUCGCCCUGAUCACCGGUGCCGGUCGAGGCCUUGGCGCGUCCAUCGCCAAAGAGCUCGCCUCACACGGUGCAUUAUGUCGUGGUCAACUAUGCUCACGCCGCUGGGCCAGCACAGGGCGUUAUCGAAGCCAUUCAGGCUUUGCCCGGCAGCCCACGCGCUAUCGCCAUCCAAGCAGAUGUGACCAAGCCGUCGGAGGUGACGCAGUUGUUUGA